UGUGUGUGUGUGUGUGUGUGUGUGUGUGUGUGUGUGUGUGUGUGUGUGUAUAUAUAUAUAUAUAUAUAUAUAUAUAUAUAUAUAUAUAUAUAUAUAUAUAUAUAUAACAGAUGCACCGAUGUAUCGGCCAACAAUCGGUAUCACCUGACAAAAGCUAUUAUUAUCACUACCGGCCAUCGGCUCGAUUGUUUAAAAGCUACCGAUGAUCAGGGCCGAUUAUAUCCUGUCAAUCAAAAGGGUGCGGAAAGACGUGUUCAGACUGCAACUCAUACAUACUGUGUGUGAAGAAAAUCAGUCUUGUUGAAUUUUAACAUAUUAAUGGUUUAUAAAUAGUGACGCUAAAGCAGGCUCUUUUUGACCCUAUGAAUCACCCGUAGUUCAAGCCAGGGUUGCCAGGUCUGCGGUUUUUUUUUUCCCUACAUCAAAUAUUAUUUGCAGCGCCUCCCAUCCAAUAAUCGCAAAAAGAUUUGUGCUUUGUUACUUCUGAUAAGAAUUAAAGUUUCAGUUUUCAAAUUCUGUCAAUUUAAUUAUGAAAUUCAAACAAUAAAUGGCGUUUUGACGCUCUUAAAUGUGACGUGUCAGAUCGCUGUAACGCCUCAGUUCAGGCGGCAGCUCGGAGCGCAAAUCUUUUCUUCCUCUUCAAUACAAGUUAAAUCUCGAAAAACAUGCAUGAACAUCAAAGGUAUGUUGAAAUAUAUUGUACAACUUACCAGAAUGUAUCAUGUCUCAUGAAAUCACUUUAUUUGUGUUUCAACCGUGGAAAGACGUCAAUAAAACAGCUUGUGAACAAUAUGUCACAUCAUGUCACUUUUACCUCAGGAAUAUUUUCCAAUGUUCACAGUUCCUUAUAUAAAAAACACUAGAGGAGCUUAUUUACUGUUAAUUAUGUUUAUGCAAAUUUGCCAUGAAGACAAAUGCUUAUGAAAACUACCUUAUGUGAUACUUUUAUACAAACAUUUCAGUUUUUAUUUGAGUGUAAUUAUUAUAUCUGAAAAUAAACAGCAGCUGAAUAUAAUACCUCUGCUGUUAAUUGUAACCUCUAAUAUUGUAGUGUACCAAAUGAGAGGUUCCCUGUAUAGUUUGCAACAUUAUUUGGGAGAGAUUUUUUUUUUCCUUAAGAAAAACCAAACUAUCGGUAUCAGCAUCAGCCAAUAUUCUGAAUAAUCGGCUAUCGGUAUCGGCAAAGAAAUUUAGUAUCGGUGCAUCUGUAAUAUAUAUAUAGUGAGUUUAAACUCACAGACCUAUACUGAAAUCCUUAGGAAUGGAAUUAAAAACACCUCAACUAGAGCACUGGAGCGCAUCAAUAAAAACAGCUGUCACCUAAAUGAGGACAUGGCCGUAGAGGGAUAUUAAACCACAUCAGCCCGUCUUCUGCAUUUAGCUGCGUCACACAGAAUAAAUCAGCACUAUACGGUAACGUCGAGCAGGGUUCAUUUAUCAAAGCACUGGGCUGUGUGAGGAAUGGGAUAUCUAAACAUGGUACAUACAGAGACCAUGACAUGAGAGUGAGAGAGGGAUUGAGAGAAAAAAGAAAAAAGAAAAAAAUCAGGGAGAUGAUUUGGUGGCGUGUGCAGAUCCGGAAUAUAAAACACCAAAGUCAGCACCCCCCACCCCCACCUCAUCAGCAGCAGUAUGGGUCGACUCUGUGCUGCAUUUCACCACCUCCCCCUCCCCACCAUCCCAUGAUUCUUCAAUCUCCCUCCCUUGGUCCCUCCUUUCUCUCUCUACCUCCUCUCACAGCUAGCCCUGAAACAAGUGCUGUAAGCAGGCAGUCAGCAGCAGCGGAGGCUUUCCAAGGGUGCAAAUACACUGCAUGACCAUGCCUGGAAGAACGGAAAGGCAGGAAAACGGCUAAGAGAGGGUAACUCACGGCUGCCAAUGAGGGUGGGUAGAAGAGGGGGAGCGAGAUCAAAAACGGACAGGAGUGCGAGACAGUGAAGAUGGACCCUGCGGUCAUAAAAGACUGAGAAAACAAAACACCAAAGCAAUCUAAAUCACCUUCUACUGCUCUAGAAAAGGGGGAACAGGAAGAGAGGUCAGAACGGACAACAACAUGUACUCAAAGUAAUGGAAAGAAUCAGGACAGCCCACAUCACCCCUGCCUCCAUGCCGGCUAACCUGUUGCUCCUCCUCCUGUUUGGGGUGCGUGUGCUGGCCAUUUGCCCACCAAUGUGCACCUGCAGCAGAGGCCAUAGAGUGGUGGACUGCUCUGCCAGAGGAUUGGGUAUACUUCCUGACAGCCUGCAACACAACAUUCACUUCCUCAACUUGUCUCAUAACCGGCUCCAAGAUCUUGAUGGGCUCCUCAAUCAUUUUGACCACUUAAGAACUUUGGACAUCUCCUUUAACCAUCUGCACCACCUUCCUGUAGGCCUGCCGAGAGCUCUUUGGGAUAUACGUGCCUCUGGAAACUACAUCCGUCAAUUGGAAAAGAAUGAUACGGCCUACCACUGGAACCUUCAGAAUCUAGACUUGUCACACAACUUGCUGGAGCGUGUGGUCUUAAUAAACAAUACGUUGUCCAAUCUCCAAGCUCUCAAUCUAAGUCACAACAAAUUCUGGACUGUCCCGACAAACAUGCCCUACAAUUUGGAGAUUGUGGACCUUUCUCACAACUACUUGUUGCAGAUCCUACCUGGCUCACUGGAUCGCCUUCCCAGACUGUCGAGAUUCUACCUGCAUGCUAAUCGUUUUACCUCAUUAAGUGAAGGUGUCUUCAAUCGACUAGAUGGACUGCAGCUCCUCACACUUGGAGACAACCCAUGGGCUUGUGAGGAUGAAGAAAAUAUAAACCAUUUGCUGACUUGGAUGCAACAAACCCCUGCGAAAGUCUUGGGCUGCCCCUGCUACACCAGGCCCACAUGUGGAGAGGUACACGUGGCUACUAGGAGAACCUGGCACUCAGCCGCAUUCACAGAGCCGCCACUGGGUGCCGACGCCCGUCAUCCUAUCCACCGAGCUCCAAUGGAGGCAGUUACUUCUGGAUCCCUGUCCAAGUCAGCCCAGUUGAACGUAGCUCACAAUCCAAGCCCUGUUAAUACCUCUGGGGCGGGCGUGAAGGUAUUAAUCGUGGGUGGAGGAUUUCUCACAUCAACUCCACAUAGCCUGUCCACACAGUCAAGCACAACAAUCCGAACACGUAGCACCAAGAAGGUCCUUCCAGACAAAGCUCACAGCACAAGCCAUCAAAUCCACAUAUGCAGCUUUGAAACCACCAUUUUGAGCCUUUUAUGUACAGUUGUCAUCCCAAGUGCUUUGUGAUUCUGCAUAACAAUCUCUUGAACUAGGACCUGCUGACUUGAGUUUAGAAAACAAAAAAAAUCCACAAAGAAUGCAAAACGAGAGACUCACUUUAUUUUCACAUUGUUCUGGCUACUUUUAAGCAUUCUUCAACGUAUGCAAUCUCUGCCUGCUUCCAAUAAACUUUCAACCUUCUACUUAAGGUGACUGGGUACUGUAUGGCCACGCAUAUUCAACAUCUAGAUGCAUAUACAAGUACACUACAAGUAGCAGUUUCUUGAUAUGGAGAAUGGAUUGCUCUUUCCAAUGUUAUGCUUGAGCAUUGACAGAGAUUUGUGCAUUUCAUUGUUUAUAUUAUGUAUCAAACUAAAACACUGUGUAAAGUGUAAAGCUGAUGUGUUCUAUGAGUACAGACAUGCUGCCUUUAACUGUUGAAAUAAAAAUACAAAUCGGAAAACCCAUAGCAUUUUACUGCAAUUAUAUAAAGUCAACAGGCCAUGCAGCAGGACUGGAAAAUGACAAAUGCUUCGACACACAGUAAAGCCGAGCUGACAGUCCACAUCAAAAAAGGUUUCAACUAAAUGGAGCUAUACAAGCGCGCAGGUCUCAUGCUUAUAAUGGGGGAAAUUCCAGCAAACAUUUAUUCACUUUGGCAUGUAGGUUGUAUAAGUAAAUUAAUCCUUACAGAUAAAAUAAGUCAUUUUUGAUUUGCAUAAUUUCACAAACAGCGUGAAUGAUUCAGUGGCGACACGUUUUCUCUCUUUUAAAAUGUGCAAAUGGCGUCACAUUACUACAAUGCAUCUGUUGAUGGAAGUUGAUGGAAUUGUCACUUGCACAAUCGGGCCAGUGUUGCAUCGUCACUCAAGCUUAUCUAAAGUUUAUUUGAGUAUUUAAAUAUUUCGGGUAUGGCACAUGAUUCUGGCUAUACAACAAUGACAUUCCCAAGUAUUCAUAUUAUAUCUAAACAAAAUGCAGACAAAAAUCCACCACUUUAAAAGAGUCCACAGACAUGCACAACAACAAUACGAAAUCAAUGCAAAUUCUGAAACAGCCCUUUUACACUGUGUCCUAACCAGACACGACAACACGUGAGAAAAUGUAUCUGUACGUAAUGUGUCUAUAUACAAAUAAAACUAAAACUAAAGAAGAACAUGAUGUUGUAUUUUAGCCUUUAAAAAUGGUAAAAGUAUGAUCUAUCACCUGAUAUACAAACUCUUGUUUAUAACUCUAACUUCUACAUAAAUAGUCUGGAUUAGUGACCAACCUAUGACUACUUGAGACUGAUACGUCCUACAGCUGAUUUAAAGGAUUAGUUCACUUUAAAAUUAAAAUUUCCUGAUAAUUUACUCAUCCCAAUGUCAUCCAAGAUGUUCAUGUCCUUCUUUCUUCAGUCGAAAAAAAAUUAAGGUUUUUGAGGAAAACAUUCCAGGAUUAUUCUCCUUAUAGUGGACUUCAACAGAUCCCAAAUGGUUGAAGGUCAAAAUGACAGUUUCAGUGCAGCUUCAAAGGGCUUUAAACGAUCCCAGACGAGGAAUAAGGGUCUUAUCUAGCGAAAACGAUCGGUCAUUUUCUAAAAAAAAUAAAAAUGUAUAUGCUUUAUAAACACAAAUGCUCGGCUUGCAAGUGCUUCUGCCAGACCGCCUUCUGUAUUCUUCAAAAAGCUUACGCUGAAUGUCCUACACCUUCCCUAUUCAACUUACGGAACUAACGCAGCGCCAGUUCCGUUUUUCCGUAAUUUGUAUACGGAAGGUGUUCUGGCGGAAGCUAGAUAUUUGACUUCAUAUCUUGUUUAAAUAUGGAUAUUUUUUAUACAAACACAUCGCUUCACUUCAGAAGGCCUUUAUUAACCCCCGGGAGCCGUGUGGAGUAUGUUUAUGAUGGAUGGAUGUGGAUGGAAGCACUUUCUUCAGCUCAUACUCGUUCACUGCCAUUAUAAAGCUCAGAUGCAUCAGGAUAUUUAUUAAUAUUUCUCCGAUUGUGUUCAUCAGAAAGUAGAAAGUCAUAUAUACCUAGGAUGGCUUGAGGGUGAGUAAACCUUGGGCUAAUUUUAAUUUGAAAGUGAACUAAUCCUUUAAAGCCUUAUGCCUUUAGUCACAUGGCAGAGGGAAUAGACCUUAAAAAGUAUGUAUAGAAUGUAAGAAUAUGUAUGUAAGAAUAAAUAUGUAUAUAUAAUGCUGGGUGAAAUUGAUAUGAAAAACUACAAUUCCAUCAAACCCAAUUAUAUAAAUACAUAAAUAAAAUCAGUGCUAAUAAAAUAAAUUAGGCUGUAAAAGCUACACUGUUGAUUUCAAAAUCUAGAAAAUUCUUCUGACAAUUUAGAUUCCCUAAUAUCCUACUUUAGUUCAACAGAUUCAGAUUCAAGUGUGACAUCAGUGCCUGUAUAUAUCAUCAAUUAAAGGGAUAGUUCAAACAAAAAUGAAAAUUGUCAUCAUUUACUCACCCUCAUGUCAUUUCAAUGUUAUUCAAAAUAUCCUCUUUGUUUUCUACAGAAGAAAUUCAAACAGGUUUGGAACGACAUGAAAUUUUCCUUUUUGGGUGAACUAUCCCUUUAAGUGGAAGAGUUUUAUGGAGGAAAUAAAAAAAAAAAAAAAAAAAAAAAAAAA